AUGUUUUGCUCGUCCCUCGUUGUCCUGCUUUUCUGCUGCCUCGCUGUCUCCACGGUAACCAUCACCACAGAUGAUGUUGAUGGUGAUGUCAGGACUCUGACCAGCAGCGGUGGCUCCGCUGCAUCUGGUAAAAAGAGCACCACCUUGUUCCUCCUUACCGGCUACAAGCCGCCGCUGCCCGUUGGACCCAAGGUGGGGCCAAAAGUGGCCGAGGUGGAGGACGGGGAUAAUCCUCCAGUGAUGGCCGAACUCCCCCCGAAGCCCCUCCCUCAGACCAUGUUGCCAAGGAACAUGACGGCCGACGCCCUGAAGCCUCCGCUCGGAGCAGCCCAGGUGGCUCCACCUCCAAGACAGCUGGUGGAUGUGGACGUGUGCAGGGGAUACUUCGACGUCAUGGGGCACUUUGACAGCACGUUCAACUGCUCCAAGGGCAGCUACAUCUACUGUUGCGGUACCUGCCACUACCGGUUCUGCUGCGAGCACCAGAGGAACCGGCUGAACCAGGACUCUUGCACCAACUACAAGUCCCCCGUCUGGGCCGACCCACAGGUCCCCGUCACCGUGCCCGCGGUCAACAAGCCUGACCCAGACUUCGAGACACUCCAGCAGCAGAGCAGCAGCACGGCCUAUGUGAUCGGAGGGGUGAUCUCCUUCACGCUGGUGGUGGCUGUGGGUGUCAGGAUCGCCUUCAGCAAGGUGGCGCGUCGACCCCGGAACAGAGACAUCAACAUGCCCAGAUCACUGGUGGAUAUCCUGCGUCACCAGUCGAGCCCUGUGCAGCAGGGAGAGAGGAACAACACCACAGUGUUGACCACAACCACCUCAGACGGACGCACAUCCAAAAACCUCUACACCCCCAUCCUGCAGAGCAAAGACAACCGCACUGGGAACUUGCACCACCAUUUUAACCAGCAGGGGUCUGCUUCCAGCCCCAAACACUCUGCUACCAUCGAGCGUGGAUCCCGUAUGAACAACACCCCCCAGCUCUCCUCUGGUCCCACCCUGCUUUCAGGCGGCAUGAGACACAACAGCAGCCACCCGUCCUUCUCCCACUCCUUCCACAACCUGGCCCAGCUGCCGCCGUCCUAUGAGGCCACCAUGAAACCUGAGAUCAGCCGCUACAGCUCCCUGAAGAGGCUGGAGAAAGAGCUCGAUGAGUACUCCAGCUACCACAACUCCAAACGUCGCUCCAACAACGCUCCACCAUCCUUCCACUCGUCACAGCACCACCUUCCCUGGGGGGGCGACUACACGCUGGGCUCCAGGGGCACGCUGCCCCUCAACGGCUCCCGGCCUCGUCUCCACAUCCCUGCCUCCACCCCGAACCCAUACCCGCUGCCUGCCCAGACGCCGUACACCAGCUCAUCCUUCGACAGACCGCCGCGCCGCGUCCGCUCCCAGGAUCAGCUGCUGGCACUCGGGGAGGGCAACACGCUGUCCCGCCUGUCCAAGAACCAGCAACACCAGUACUACAAAGCCAUGAUGAGCACCAGCAGGAGCUCCACCUCGCAGACGCUCCGCAGGUCCCACGAGAGGCUCCUGGUCUCACCUGACCGCCUGGAGGACCGGCUAAUGGCGAUGGGGCUGAUGAUGGGAGGAGGUGACAGAGGCGGAGGAAGCGGGAUGGUGCCCACCAUGGGCCGACUCAGCCACCACCAGAAGGCCCAGUCACAACAGAACAUCUGCGUCACACCAUCCAUGGACCGCCACCACAUGAUCAAGAUGAACUCCCACCCGACAUCAGGCCACGACCACGACCGCAGCUCCGCCGCCAUGCCCGGCAUGGGCAUGCACAGCGGCUGGGACCCACAUGGGGGCCAUGGCGGAGGCGGAGCGGGGACGGCCGGAGGCCACCCCAACGCCCGACGGAUGGCGUUCGCCAGCAAGAGGCAGAACACCAUCGAACAGCUGCACUUCAUCCCCGGAGGAGGAGGAGGGCAGGGACUGCGGACUGGGAGUAAGAACGAGGUGACAGUGUGA